AUGAAGUUGCUAAUAUACUGGCUGAUGCUGCUGGUCAUGGAAGUGGAAUGUGAUAAAGGUAGAGCGGUUUCGGCAAAGUUUGGGGGGAUUUGUGGAAAUGUCAUCAUUUUUGGGAAAAUUUGGGAUUUUUGGGGGAAUUAAUUAGUCAUCGGCCGUUUAUAUUGUCAGUAUUGGACUUGUAAUAUUGUGAACGUAAUGGACCAUCGGAAUGAUGGUAAUUUUACCUCUCAAAUUGGGUUUAAAUAUCACUUUUAUCAAUAGUCAUCUUCAUUAUGUAAGCCUCAAAUUUCAAAAAAAAAAUCAAAAAGAUUUUAAUCGAUUUUAGCCCAAAAUCAAAGCCCAGAACAAAAUCUAUAUUAUGACGUCAAAAAAUCGCCAUAAAACAUUGGCUAUCCCUUUCAAAUCACAUAUUAUUCAUGAUGACUCACGCCUUUUCAGAGACCAAUUCCACAACGGAUCCUACGGUGACAGAAGUCGACAGAAAUCGAACUUUCUUUGAGGAUGUCGAAGUAAAUAGCAUUAAUUUUGCAGUUGACAAUUUAUUUAUUUUAGGAAUACACCAGUGGUCUCACACCGGAGUUCAAAACAUUGCUUAUGUUAGCGCCAGUGGAGUCCAAGAAAAAGGAAAAAUCAGAGAAAAGAAGAGCCAAGGACUCGGAUUUGAAGGCGAAAUCAGAAGACGAGGGGCUCAAAGGUAGAGUAAUACGCUGAGAUAUACAAUAAGACCUGUUUUGUUUUAUAAAUUAUAACUUUUUUUUAUUUACUACCUACUACAAUAUAAAUUUGGCCGAAAAUCCUAAAAUCUAUGACAUUUCCUCUAUUUCAAAGGCAACGCCGAUAAUUUCAGAGUUAACUCAGCAUCACAUUGAACAGCUACUCAAAUUUUACUCCAAGGUCUCGGAGAAGUUGCUAGCCAAGGAUGGGAAAGACAAAAGCAAACAAGUUCAUUACCAUAAAAUGGGUUCAAAACAUGAAGACAAGGAUGAUGAAGGUGCGGGAUUUAUAAUUUUCAGUUUAUGCAGAGCUCUAAAAGUCAUGUUACUUAUGAAAAAAGUUUAAUUUUGACUGAAAAAAAGAUUUUUUUAAAUGAUUUUAAGAAAUUUUCGGGAUUUAUAAGUUCGGAAAUUUUCCAAGUUCGUAUUUUACUCUAACUUUACGUGUUUCUAAUGUACGCUUUCGUCUAAGACUUUCCCAUAACACAAUUUUUGACCAAAAUAAGUUCAGAAAUCGCCAAAAAUUUGAUGAUUUUGUAAGAAAUCAAUGAGAUAAUUACCUGAAAGCAAAUCCCUUUUUCUGUAAUAAACUCUCAGAAUUACUGUAUCAUACUCAACUUCGUUUUUGAUCUUAAAUUCCCCACUUUUUCUUCUCAAAAUCAGUUUUUUAGAGGGCAAUCGCGAAUACCUCAACUACGUCGAAAAUUGGGCCCAGCAGCAUGGCGAGAAGCCCACGGAGAGCACCUAUAACACCGUCAAUACCAAUUCUCUGCCAGGCUACGGUAACCUCAACUACUUGAACGCCGCCAACUAUGGCCCACCUGGUGCGGGAGCUGCAAAUAAUUACGCUCUAGCCUUGCGGAAUCGUAUGUUCGGACAAGGCUAUAGCGGGCCCAAUUGCUGCAAUAUGUGUCAAUGUGGCUCAGCGUUCGAUCCGGCUUGUGUUCAGAACAGUAUUCCGGCACAAACUGGUGUUCAGACCGGCUGUGGCGGGUAUAAUUAUGGAGCCGCCACUGAUACAGCAGAUCCGGACGAUGGCUACGGGCCGGACAAUUAUUAUGGCGGUGGUUAUGGGAGCAAUAAGAAUACAAAAGAGGCCACCAACACUGACUUACAUUCGCAUUUGCUCAAUAGUUUUACGAACAACCCGCCUACCGUAAACAACAACUAUUAUCAAGUGUCCGGAGGGCAUAAUACCGAGCCUGAAGAGUCAAAAUCUCAUUUCGAAUUUGCUAAACAUCACUUCUCAUCGUAUCCACAGUAUUAUGGGACCUGGAAUGCGUAUCAACGCCCGAAUUGUUGUGGCUACAGCAAUUACAACGUGUUUGAGCCCGUAAAUGAUGACGCAACGGACGCACUAACAACGGAAGAGCCGAUUAACAGCAAGGAGAGUGUGUUUCACUUGGUCCGCCCCAACUUUGGCAGCAAUAAAGGGCCCAGGCUCACUUCCAAAAGCCGAAAACACCCAAAACACGACAAAAAAGUGGCCAAAACUACAAAAUCCCCGGUAAACUUGCCGAGUGUUAAGAGCACUACUCCUGGAACUCCCAAUAAACCUGCUAAUCAAGAGAAGAACUUUAUUGUAACAACGAUUACAAGUCCAAAACCGAAGGAAAUGAGUGGAAAAUCGACGAUCCCCCCGAAACUCUCGAUUCCCCCGGGGAACUCGACCAAAAUCAGUCCGCCCACAACGACGCCGAAGCCGGAAGCGCAAACUACCUCGACAAAAGUGUAA